CUGUCCAACAUGGCAACCAGGUGGGGAAUCUGCAGCGCGGGGAAGAUCAGUCAUGACUUUAUUGUGGCUCUUAAAACUCUUCCUGCUGAAGAGCACCAGGUUGUGGCUGUGGCUGCUCGCAAGUUGGAGGAUGCUCAGGAGUUAGCCAGAAAGCACAACAUUCCCCGAGGAUACGGCAGCUACGAAGAGCUGGCCAAAGACCCUGACAUGGAUGUGGUGUAUGUUGGGGUUAUCCACCCGUACCAUCUGAAGGCCUGUCUGCUUCUUACGAAUGCCAAGAAGAACGUGCUGUGCGAGAAGCCGCUGGCCAUGAACACCAAGGAGGUGAAAGAGAUCCUGGACUCUGCCAAGAGGAAUGACGUCUUUCUCAUGGAGGCUGUCUGGACUCGAUUUUUCCCAGUCUCUGUGGAGAUCAGACGGCUGCUGGUUCAGGGGGAGCUGGGUGAAGUAAAGUUGGUCAGAUCAGACUUUGGUGUACCGGUGACACAUGUACCAAGAUUAGUGGAGAAGGAGCUGGGUGGUGGAGCAUUACUAAGUAUCGGCAUGUACUGCUUGCAGCUGGUAUUCAUGGUGUACAAUGGAGAGAAGCCAGAGAGCAUCCAAGCCACUGGGGUUUGUCUAGAAACAGGAGUGGAUGAGACUGUGGUUGUCACUCUGAAGUUCUCCAAGAACAGACUAGCAGUGUUUACUUACUCUUCAAGUAUACAGCUGCCAAACGAUGCCAUUAUUGUGGGAACAAAUGGCACAGUCAGGAUCCCACCGCGGAUGUGGUGCCCCACAUCAUUAGUGGUGAAUGGGAAGGAGACCCAGUAUCCAGUGCCAGAACCCUGUUUUUCUCUCAACUUCAGUAACAGCACAGGAAUGCGUUAUGAAGCAGAGGAGGUCCGACAGUGUCUAAGCAAAGGGCUGAAGGAGAGUGCAGUCAUGUCCCACGCUGACUCGCUUCUGCUGGCUGAGGUGGAAGACGAGAUCCGCAGGCAGUUGGGGGUGGUGUACAUUCAGGAUGGCCAGUAAAUGUUUAACAUGAACACACACUUUGAUAAAGGAAGUAGUGUGUCAGGGAGAACUUCAUUUUGAUUCAAUGUUUUUAUUUAUUUUUUUUAUUCAAUAGUUUUUGGCAAACUACUGUUUAUGAUUUCUUUAAAGACUAGAUUUACACUGUAGUAACAGCGAUGAUAUGCACCGGCACUUUGGGAAAAUGAAUACUAUUAAAAAAAAUUGCAUUCCUCUGUAAGCAUGGAAGAGCAGUCUUGUAAGAAUUUAGAAGGUGUCAAGAUCACAAGUUGAUCAUUCUGCUUUAAGCCUUGACACUGAGGAAACAAGCUAUGUCCUUUUAAAAUGCCAAAUUUAUCAGUUAUCACACCUAAACAAUCCAUCAUGUCAAGAGAAUGACAAAAGCCAAUAAAGGGAAAAAUGUGUCAUCUUGAAAUAAAGAUCAACUUGUGAUCUCAAGAUUAGUUUCUUCUAAACAUGGCCUCCUGGCUUCCAUAGAAACAUGAGCUCUGGAUGCUUUUGGACCAACUACACACUGAAUACUGUAAAAUAUUUGAUCAUUUAUAAAAUAAAACAUCUGCUGAAUUGUCAA